UCCUCUUCUGUGUUGAUCAGAUCGGCUUCAGUUCUACAAUUUCUCUUUGUCCGGCUGUCGAGAUUUCCUCCAAAUUCGAUUUUUAUCCAAAAUGUCUCAAGAACAGCUCGUUUCUGCUCAAAAUGAGCAGCCUGCCAUCACUGGGAGAUCUUCCAGAGGGGGUUCCAAUAAGAAGGCACUGGUGGUGGCUGGAGUGACCGUGUUGGCCACCUUGCUCAUUGCAGGUCAGGCCUUCACUGCCUAUUCUGUGUACAAGCACAGCGAGAAGCUCGGCAUGCUGGAGAGACGCUCGGAUCGUCUGCAGGAAAUGACUGUCAGGGCCAGGGUUAAUCAAACCCCAAUGAAGAUGGCCGUACCCAUGAGCGCCGUGCGGUUGAUGGCUGCUGACUUCUCCGACAAGAAGGUGGAGACCACAAGUCCUCCUAAAGCAUCUCUGACUAAGUGCCAGAAAGAAGCUGAAGGUUUGACUCAGGGCUUUCUGCCAUCGUUCAUGCCCAAGUGCGAUGAGCUCGGUGCCUACGCACCUGAGCAGUGCUGGCAGGAGAUGUGCUGGUGUGUGGACAAGAACGGAGUCCCGGUGGAUAACUCUAUGGUGCAUGGCCGUGCUCAGUGCACUGCUACGUUUUAGAUCCUACCCGUAAGAACCGAGGGAUGAAUCCGAACCUACACGAAGAUCCUUCUUCCAUUUAAUUUUUUCUGCCUUUCAGAAAUUAGAAGUGGUGUGAAACUUUAUUAUUAGCAGACAUUUAAGCAUUAAGAGCAUUCUUGGGUUAGUUAAAGCUUCAUAAGCGUCAUCAUAUAACGAUAAGCAUAACGCACUGUCUUGGUUAGUCGGGCAUGUUUCGGUAAACUAUUCUCACUGUUAUUAUCUACAGAUUAUAUCCUUUAAACAGAAUAUGCUAAAUUAUCUGCUCCUUUUUAUCUUUUAUCUAAAACGAUGAGUAAUGCCAGAAAUGAAUGAGAUCUAUGUAAAAAUUUGGAAGAGGUGAAAAUAAAUUUGUACUAAUAAAA